AAUAUCUAAGAUUGAAUGCACCACUUAGUGCCGCACAACAACAUCUUCGUGGAAAACUUUACAGUUUGAAAGUUCAAAAGCAGAGAGACAAAAGGUCGAACAGUUUGCCUACAGGUGUCUUACACCUGUACUAAUAAACUUGCAUAUAUCAGUAUAACCCGUCAUGUUUCUUGUGAAAAAAAAAAUACAAUGGAACCGAGAGAAGAUGAACGGUCACUGAUCAGUUUCAGUUCACCUUUAGAAGAUAGCAAAGAGAAAGAUCUAGGAAAGGAAGAGAUCAUCGAAGAAGUGAAAAAACAGCUAUGGCUGGCAGCUCCAUUAAUAUGUGAAAGCUUGUUGCUGUAUUGCUUGCAAUUGAUCUCUGUUAUGUUUGUGGGUCAUUUGGGUGCAUUAGCUCUUGCUUCUGCUUCACUGGCUACUUCUUUUGCUGCUGUGUUAGCGUUCAACUUGCUGAUGGGAAUGUCAACAGCAUUAGAGACCCUUUGUGGCCAGUCAUAUGGAGCAAAGCAAUACCAUAUGCUAGGCACCCACACCCAACGAGCCAUGCUGAUUCUUUCACUCAUUACCAUUCCCUUAGCUAUCAUCUUAGCCAACACUGGUUCCAUCCUAUCUGCCGUAGGCCAAGACCCCGAAAUUUCUCGAGCAGCUGGCGUAUAUGCUUGUUACAUGAUCCCGACCCUGUUCGCUUACGCCAUUCUUCAAUGCCUUCUAAGAUUCCUAAGAACACAAAACAACAUAUUCCCAAUGGUGUUAAGUUCCGGAAUCACAACUUUGAUACACGGUUUCAUAUGUUGGAUUCUAGUGUUUAAACUCAGCUUCGGGAACAAAGGCGCUGCUCUUGCCGGUUCCAUUUCGUAUUGGAUCAAUGUGUUGAUAUUGGCAUUUUACAUUAAAUUCUCUCCUUCUUGUGUACAAACUUGGACUGGCUUUUCAAAUGAGUCCUUGUACGAGGUUUUGCCUUUCCUUAGACUAGCUGUUCCUUCAGCUGUAAUGGUUUGCUUGGAAUCAUGGUCAUUUCAAAUACUGGUGUUUCUUUCGGGUCUUUUGCCUAAUCCGGAGUUAGAAACUUCGGUGAUUACGAUCUGGUAUGUUCAAUACAUUCUUUCAUUUACUCGAUUAAGUUCCAGUUUUGGAUAUCAAGUCAAAUGCUUCUUGUUGUUUCACAGCAUUAAUACCACUGCAAUUAUUUUGAUGAUACCCUUCGGACUGAGCAGUGCUGCAAGCAUAAGGGUGUCAAAUGAAUUAGGAGCCGAAGAUCCGAAGGGCGCCCGGUUGGCCGCGCGUGUAGCCCUGGUCCUUGGGGUCUCUGAAGGCAUAUUGGUGGGAUUGGCACUGGUGUUGAUGCGAAACGUCUUGGGCUAUGCUUAUAGCAAUGAUGCAUCAGUCAUUAGAUAUGUCUCAACUAUGGUUCCAAUUCUUGCUGCAUCCAAUAUUAUAGAUGGAGUCCAAUGUGUUCUUUCAGGCAUUGUUAGAGGCUGUGGUUGGCAGAAGAUUGGUGCAUACAUCAACCUGGGAUCUUAUUACCUUGUUGGCAUUCCUUUGUCUAUUGUAUUAGCCUUUCUCUUCCAUAUUGGUGUCAUGGGGCUUUGGCUUGGUAUCACAGCUGCACUCACCACUCAAAUGUUGUUUCUUUUGAUAAUUACAGUUCGCAGUAACUUGGAGCAAGAAGCAAAAAAGGCUAUGGAAAGGGUAUUUUGAAUAUGGAAUACUUGCAUGUAAGAGUUGGGACAGUAUGUUGUGUAUAUUACAGUUUAAGAACAGAGUUGAAUGUAUAUUUUGCAUAAUAGGAAAUACAAUUUUGUACUGUAUUUAAUCAA